AUGCCUUCCACUGUGGAGAACGUGGCUAUGCUCGUCAGCGGUGCCGUGGCCACCACUGCCCUGAGCAGCGCCUUUGUUGCAAGUGGCCCAGUUGCACAGGAGGCCAGGACCGGUCUCCGUUCUUCCGGCUAUGCCAAGUCCUCCCAAUCUUCCCAGUCCAUGGGUGCCAUGGCUGGUGUGGGUGCAGUGGCUGGCCUGGCUGUGGCUGGUGUUGCUGGCAGGCGUGCAGGCAAGAACCGCACUUCCAUGCAGGCUGUGGGUGUUGGAAUCAACGGCUUCGGCCGCAUUGGCCGUCAGGUGGCCCGCAUUGCCAUGAAGGACCCAGAGACUGAUCUGAAGUUGAUCAACGCCAGCUAUGACUCUGACUACCUGGCCUACAUGAUGAAAUAUGACACUAUCCACGGCAAGUAUGAUGGAACCGUGGAGGCAGAUGGCGACUCCCUGGUGGUUGAUGGCCAGAAGAUUGCUUUGUCCCACACCCGUGACCCAGCUGAGAUCCCUUUUGGUGAGCAUGGUGCAGAGUAUGUUUGCGAAUCCACUGGUGUGUUCCUGACCACUGAGAAGGUUCAGGGUCACUUGAAGGCUGGUGCAAAGAAGGUGAUCUUCUCUGCUCCUGCCAAGGAUGACUCUCACACCAUUGUGAUGGGCGUGAACGAGGACACCUACGAGCCAUCCAUGGAGUGCGUGUCCUGCGCCUCCUGCACCACCAACGGCUUGGCCCCAGCUGUGCGUGUGCUGCAAGAGAAGUGGGGCAUCAAGCGUGGUCUCAUGACCACCUGCCAUGCCAUGACUGCAUCUCAGCCCACUGUGGAUGGCACCUCCAAGAAGGACUGGCGCGGUGGCCGUGCUGGCCCUGGAAACAUCAUCCCAUCCUCCACGGGAGCUGCCAAGGCUGUGGCCAAGGUGAUCCCUGAAGUGAAGGGCAAGCUGACCGGCAUGGCCCUGCGUGUGCCAACCAUUGAUGUGUCCGUUGUGGAUCUCACCGUUGAGUUGGAGCAGGAGACCACCUACGAGGAGAUUUGCGCUGAGAUGAAGAAGCGAUCUGAGGGUGACAUGAAGGGCUUCCUUGGCUACACCGACGAGGCAUUGGUGUCCACUGACUUCGAGACCUGCCCAAUCUCCUGCACCUUCGAUGCCAAGGCCGGCAUCAUGUUGGAUCCUACCUUCGUGAAGGUUGUGUGCUGGUAUGACAACGAGUGGGGCUACUCCUCCCGUGUGGUGGACCUGAUCAAGCACAUGGCUGCUGAGGAUGCCAAGGCGUUCUCAGCCAUGCAGUGGUUGGAGGCCCGCAAGUUACUGGGCUGCUCCCAUCCUGGAGCUCCGCCCCACCGCGACGUGGUCCACGAUGGAGAGGAUUGGCUGGCCAUCCAAGGUUCUUUUGCUGCCAUUGGUCUUCAGGUUUUUGCAACAUCAAAUGUCCAUUUGGGCAAGCGUACCAAAGGCGUUGUCACCUUGGUCAAGCAGGGAGUUGGAGCAACUCAAGUUGCUACUUUGGAGGAAUGGUGCGGCACCUGCCUUGCUAUCACCAUUGGCAGAACCUUGAUUCUGAAUAGCUAUGCUCCUCCUAGACAGACGCAUCUCAUGGAGCAUCUUAGCAACCUCGAUGAAUUUCUGGUUGGCCUCAGUUGGCGUGGUUCCCAGCUCUGGUGUGGGGAUUGGAAUGAAACUAUGGAGGAGUCUGGCAUUGCUGCCUUAGCUGCGCAUUAUUCCUUGCGCCACAUUGCCUUUUUGGAAGACUGCGGUACCCGUUGGGUUCGUGUUGUGCUCCAGCGUUUGGGGCAGACUGAGCUGACCUUCAAGAAGGGACAGCAAUACAAGAAGCCAUGUUGGCUUUCCACGAGAAGAUGGAAUCACCUUUUCCAUACUGCCUUCACCCAGGGCAUGCAAGACGAUUGGAAGGAAGUUUGUGCUUGUAUGGAGGACCCUGCGCAGAGCCUCUCUCUGCAUGACAGCAGUGAGGACCUUGACCAAUCCCUUGUGGACUACAUGUGGAAAUUUACUACAACCAAGCUCCUCUGGACCUUCAAAACGGCAUAUUAUUUGGCUCUUCUUGAACUUCCUGACAACCCUGACUGCUUUGAGGAUGAGAAUGAGUGUACGAUCAACAAGCUGCUCAAAAGUUGUGGGUCCAUUAUUGAAGAUGAGAAGCAAGUGCAGUGCGAGGAGCGUUCUUGGCUCUGUCCUUUCUGCACUUUCAAAGUUCAGGUUGGCAAACAAUCUCGUGUGGCAUCAGAUCUCAUUGCGAAGCAUCUGAGAAGUGCGCAUCAGAGUCAGAAACUUCUUGCACCAUGUCCUUUUGUGGAAUGUGCCAACCUUGACAACCUCUGUGAAAUGAUCAGAAGACUCACUGACGAGAUCAAGCGAAGUCGAGAACAACACCACGAAGCCUGGCAAACUGCGGCCUAUUUGUGUGUUUUCUACGUGGUGGAGCCAAGCCUGGCAGCUCCGGUGCUGAAGUUGCUGCUGCCACCGGCUCUUUGGACUUCAGCCAUUGCUUUGACUGUAUCGAUCUUGAGCUUGUUGAACUUGCAGUUGGGGGUGCCAUUCCAUCCCCUUUCAAGCCGUGGUUCAGCCUUCUCAUUGGCCAAUGGAAACAAGCUGCCAGAUCGCGCCGAACGAUUUCGCUGGCCCAUCGUGGAAGCUCUGGGUGUUUCAUUGAGGGACCUGGAUCAUGCUGCCAAGGGCACCUGGGAAGCUCGGGCGCUGGCCGCAGGCCUGGUGUUGAUUGGUUCGGGGGUCGGAUGGCUUGUUUUCGAUGAGUGGAUGCCAAAGGUCUUGAACACUGCGGGGCAGACCGGAGGCUAUUUUCAGCAGAAGGAGGCCAGGACUGGUCUCCGUUCUUCCGGCUAUGCCAAGUCCUCCCAAUCAUCCCAGUCCAUGGGUGCCAUGGCUGGUGUGGGUGCAGUGGCUGGCCUGGCUGUGGCUGGUGUUGCUGGCAGGCGUGCAGGCAAGAACCGCACUUCCAUGCAGGCUGUGGGCGUUGGAAUCAACGGCUUCGGCCGCAUUGGCCGUCAGGUGGCCCGCAUUGCCAUGAAGGACCCAGAGACUGAGCUGAAGUUGAUCAACGCCAGCUAUGACUCUGACUACCUAGCCUACAUGAUGAAAUAUGACACUAUCCACGGCAAGUAUGAUGGAACCGUGGAGGUAGAUGGCGACUCCCUGGUGGUUGAUGGCCAGAAGAUUGCUUUGUCCCACACCCGUGACCCAGCUGAGAUCCCUUUUGGUGAGCAUGGUGCAGAGUAUGUUUGCGAAUCCACUGGUGUGUUCCUGACCACUGAGAAGGUUCAGGGCCACUUGAAGGCUGGCGCAAAGAAGGUGAUCUUCUCUGCUCCUGCCAAGGAUGACUCUCACACCAUUGUGAUGGGCGUGAACGAGGACACCUACGAGCCAUCCAUGGAGUGCGUGUCCUGCGCCUCCUGCACCACCAACGGCUUGGCCCCAGCUGUGCGUGUGCUGCAAGAGAAGUGGGGCAUCAAGCGUGGUCUCAUGACCACCUGCCAUGCCAUGACUGCAUCUCAGCCCACUGUGGAUGGCACCUCCAAGAAGGACUGGCGUGGUGGCCGUGCUGGCCCUGGAAACAUCAUCCCAUCCUCCACGGGUGCUGCCAAGGCUGUGGCCAAGGUGAUCCCUGAAGUGAAGGGCAAGCUGACCGGCAUGGCCCUGCGUGUGCCAACCAUUGAUGUGUCCGUUGUGGAUCUCACCGUUGAGUUGGAGCAGGAGACCACCUACGAGGAGAUUUGCGCUGAGAUGAAGAAGCGAUCUGAGGGUGACAUGAAGGGCUUCCUUGGCUACACCGACGAGGCAUUGGUGUCCACUGACUUCGAGACCUGCCCAAUCUCCUGCACCUUCGAUGCCAAGGCCGGCAUCAUGUUGGAUCCUACCUUCGUGAAGGUUGUGUGCUGGUAUGACAACGAGUGGGGCUACUCCUCCCGUGUGGUGGACCUGAUCAAGCACAUGGCUGCUGAGGAUGCCAAGGCCUAA